AUGAAAGCGCCGUCAAGCCACCGCGUCGCGUUUGCUGCUCGGCGAGGCGACAAUGGCGCACUCAGCAAUCAGUCUCGGUCCCAACAGUGGGACGAGUGGAUCGCGCAGAGGUUCUCGGCCUGCAAUCCAAUGAUCCAAGGGCAAAAAGCAAAGUUGAGCGGCGACAAGGAGCCAACGUCGGCACACGCACCCCUGUCGGCCGUGGCUGCUGGUGAAACGCCACUGGCUGGGCCGGCAGCCAAUCACGGCAGCGUGCCUGGCAGCAGGUGGGGCCGGCUAUUCCGCCUUGGACAUGGCGCUGCACCGGCGGCCCUCGCACCAGAGGGCCCGGCGAGCGGCAUCGUUGGUACUAAGGGCAGCCAUGGCAAGGAGAAGAGCAGUUAA